AUGAACUGUUCAGAUGUGCAGAAGGUGCAGUUUAGAACUCAUAUGCUUGAGAUAGAAGCUGAGGAUUGGUGGCGCAACACUGUUCAGAGAUUUGAUGAGGAUUGCAUUGAAGUGACUUGGGCACUUUUCCGUGAUGCUUUUCUGGAGAAGUAUUUUCUAGAAGAUGUUCGUGGAAAGAAGGAAAUUGAAUUCCUUGAGUUAAAGCAAGGUAAUGGUACCUUAGAUGAGUAUGCUGCAAAGUUUGAGGAGUUGAUCAAAUUUUGUCCCCAUUAUAAUACUGCUAAUGUUGAGAGAUCCAAGUGUCUUAAGUUUGUGAAUGUCUUGAGACCUGAUAUCAAGAAGGAAAUGGGUUACCAACAGAUUACGAGAUUUUAUGAGUUGGUUAAUAAGAGUAGGAUCUAUGAUGAGAAUAGUCGUGAGAGUGCUGCUCAUUAUAAGUCCUUGCAUGAUAAGAAAGGAAAAGGGAAAUUCUAA